AUGACAACCACCAAUGGAGCAGAUGGUACACAAAAGUCGGCGCUCGUUGCCGCUGAUGAGUUUGUUGGGCGGGACUACGACUAUCUCAUCUGUGGUGGCGGUACAGCUGGACUGGUUAUUGCUGCCCGCUUGACAGAGAAUCCAGAUGUCACUGUUGGUGUUAUCGAAGCCGGGAAGAGUCGACUUGGUGACCCGCUCGUUGAUGUCCCCGCCAUGUUCAUACAGAUGUUGGGCAACAAGGAGUACGAUUGGGCUUGGGAUACCAUCCCUCAGCCAGGCAACAAGAACAAAGUCCACCAAGUCCCUCGGGGUAAGGCGCUAGGUGGCUCCAGCGCAAUCAACUACAUGAUGUAUGUUCGCGGAUCAGACCAAGAUUACGAUGACUGGGCCGAACUGGCGAACGACCCAUCGUGGUCGUCGGCUCAAAUGAAACAAUACAUGCGGAAGCACCAAACUCUGGAGCCCGUCGAUGAACGAAUAACAGACCGUUCUACCAUGCCAUUCGUUGGAGAGAACCAUGGCACCAGCGGUCCUGUGCGGACUAGCUUCAAUGACUUCAGGCUUCCCAUUGAGGACGACGUGAUCAAGGCCGCAGACCAUGUCACCGGAUUCGACAAAAAGCCCCUCGAUCCAUGGAGUGGAGAUCAUAUUGGCUUCUUCAACACCCUGGGUGCUGUGGCACGCACGGGACCCAACAAGGGGAUGCGCAGUUACGCUGCUAGAGGAUACUUCCAGGCCAACGAACAUCGGCCCAACCUCAAGGUCGUCACCGAGGCGCUUGUGGCUCGAGUUAUCCUCGAAAAUAAGCGGGCCACUGGUGUGGAAUUCGUCCACAAUGGACAGAGGUAUACCGUCAAGGCCAAACGAGAAGUUAUUGUUUGUGGCGGAACCAUCAACUCUCCUCAGAUUCUUGAGAUGUCUGGCAUUGGCAAUCCGGAUAUUCUCAGAGCCGCUGGCGUCCAAUGUCUGGUCGACCUGCCCUCUGUCGGCGAAAACUACCAGGACCACGUCGCUACUGCUGCAGUGUAUCAACUUGCCGAUGGCCAAAUGUCCGGUGACUCGAUCUACAAGCCCGAAGUCAUGGAGGCGGCGCAAAAGGCUCUGGCUGAAGAAAAGGGAGGGCCCUUGACCGCGAUCCAAUCCACGCAGGGCUUCUUCCCCUGCACCUUGUUCCUGGAGGACGGCGAGCUGGAGGAGGUCGUCAAGUCAAUCGAAAGCGCCAAGGCGAAGGCGACGCCGUUCCAGCGGAAACAAUGGGACCAAGUCAUCUCGCACCUCAAGAGCAACAAGUCGGCGAACCUGCAACUGGUCUUCAUUGCCGUCACGGGCAAUCUCGCCGAAGGAUUCCGUAACCAGAGCGUCCUGUUCCCUCCACCACCCGAGGGGGCAAAGGACGGCGUCACCCUGGCCGCUUGCCUGCAGUACCCCGUCGCCCGGGGCUACAUCCACAUCAAAUCCGCCGACCCAGCUGUUCCCCCCGAAAUCAAUCCUAACUACCUGGGCCACGAAGCCGACGUUGCCGUACUGGCCGCAGGCCUGAGAUUCGUUGACAAGACGGCCUCGUCCGCGCCCCUCAAAGACAAAAUCUCCCACCGCAUCGCUCCCGAGCCGGACAAGUUCCCCCUCGACUCAGCCCAGUCCCGUCGCGCCGCCGUCCAGGAAUACGUCAUCGGCGAGUACCACAGCUGCGGCUCGUGCGCCAUGGGCGACACAGUCGACUCGCGCCUCCGGGUCAAAGGCGUGCAGAACCUGCGCGUCGCCGACGCGAGCGUCUUCCCCAACAAUGUCAGCGGCAAUAUCGCGAGCAGCGUCUACAUGCUCGCGGAGAAGGCGGCGGAUAUGAUCAAAGAGGAUUGGGAUUAUGCCGCUCUGAACAAGUUGUCCAAGUAG